AUGCCAACGCCGAAGACCUUUUCUUCCUCAGCACAGUAUUAUGUUUGGCGAAAAAUUUUGGUAUCCUCCAUGAAAGCGCAGCUAUACCAUGAUCCAAUAAGCCAGUGUUCAUGUCAUUUUGAAUCCCUUUUUUUUCUAAGUUCUAAUAUUAUCUCUCUUACCUCUACCUCUGACCUGUCUCAACUCUCCAUCAAACUCCGUAAAGCGCUUUUGCCAUGGUUGACUGGAGAUCUCAAAGAAUCGGGUACAAAUGUACAAAUCAAUAUUUUGGCAGAUGCUGUUUGUUUACUUGUGCAUUUUGGUAUCAAUUUGGAUAUGGAUCUUAAACUCUCUUCGGCGGUUUCUCAUUGUCUAUUGAGGAUGGUGCAUUCAAUUUGUGAUAUUUUGCGACAGAUGGAUUUCGAUGAGGAAAUUGUUAGAGAUGAGAUGGCUUCUGUUCUUAAUCUCAUUAUUCGUUAUCUCAUAACGCCAGGUUGCCGUUCUCUUCAAAGUAAACUGGAUCUCUAUGGUUGUUUAAUGUGUGCGCUAAAUUUUUUAAGUGAAAAAUUUACAUCCAAUUUGCGUAAGGAAGACUCAUUAGAAAUUCAUUCUUUACGAAAUCCAUUUGGUGCAAUGUCAACUUUUAAACCGCUGCAUAAUAAUCUUAUAUGUUUAACUCUUGAAAAAUAUGGAGAAGAACUGGUUCGAAAAUUAUCUGGCGAUAUUUGUCAUUCGCCACAGAAUUUGAAGAAUAAUUAA